AGGUUAGCAGCUGAGCAACCCUGUUGUACGCAGUUAAGGCUUGUUAUAAUUUUUCGAGUUGAAUUAGAAAUCAUUACUAACCAGAGGCUCGUCAUGUCAAGUCUACUACAGGCAGCUGCAAAUUCCAGACAUUCUAAACUCAAACUUGCAGGUGGGGCAGCAAUUUUGCUUGUGGCAGCGUACGGAGCACGGAAAUGUGGCCCUGGCUUAACAAAAGCUUUGCGACUGGACUUCAAUCAAUACGCAAGAGACAAAACUAAACAACUGGAAAAUAAAGAAAAUGGUGAUCUUCAAGAAGAAACCGGCGUUCAAAAUGGAAAAUCUUCAAAGAAAUCUAUUACAAAAGGAACCCCAUCAGUGGACAGAAAGUUUGUGCGUGAAAUGAGAUACAUUCUGAAAAUUCUUAUACCUGGACUCUGGACAAAGGAAUUUGGUAUAUUGUCAGUUCAUACAGCAUCCCUUGUCUGUCGAACAUUUUUGUCAAUUUACGUUGCAACACUUGAUGGGAAAAUAGUGAAAGCCAUUGUACAGAAGGAUGCAUUAAAGUUCAUGUGGCAACUAUCCAAAUGGCUGUUAAUAGCAGUACCUGCUACAUUUAUUAACAGUUUGAUACGCUUCUUGGAAAGUCACUUAGGGUUAGCCUUACGUACACGCUUAGUUAAUCAUGCCUAUAAAUUGUAUUUCAACAAUCAAACAUAUUACCGUGUAAGCAAUCUGGACAGUCGCUUGGCCAAUGCCGAUCAGUGUUUAACAGAGGACAUAACUAUGUUUUGCCAGUCACUAGCCCAUCUGUAUUCUCAGUUGACAAAACCAAUGCUGGAUGUGGCAUUGAUGGCUCUUACUCUGUACAAAUUGGCAAGCAGUCGUGGAGCAAGUUCUCGAGUUCCAAUACUGGUAGCCUCUUGUGUUGUCGCAGUGACUGCUCAUAUACUGAGGAGAGUAUCGCCUAAAUUUGGUAAACUGGUCGCAGAAGAAGCAAACAGGAAAGGCUACUUGCGUUAUGUACACUCCAGAGUAAUAACCAAUGCUGAAGAAAUUGCCUUCUAUGGUGGUCAUAAGGUUGAGCUUAGUUUGCUAGAGAAGAGUUAUGCUGCUUUGGCAAAACAGAUGGACCUUAUCUUCUACAAGCGUUUGUGGUACAUUAUGCUGGAACAGUUCCUCAUGAAAUAUGUUUGGAGUUCUAGUGGAAUGGUCAUGGUAGCUUUCCCCAUUAUCACCACUGCUCAGCUUAAAGCUGAUGGUUCAUUCGCUGAUGAUGAUCCUGAUGGCGGUGUAAGUGACAGAACUCAGUCCUUUACCACUGCCCGAAACCUACUCAUCUCAGCGGCAGAUGCUAUAGAACGCAUGAUGUCAUCAUACAAAGAGGUGACAGAAUUGGCCGGGUAUACGUCUCGGGUAUAUGAGAUGCUAGAAGUUUUUGAUGAUGUUGGACAUGGGAGGUACAAGAGGCAGACAGUUACAUCUCAGAAACCAGGCAAACAUCAUGAAAGGAUCACAGGACCAUUAGAAAUGAAAGGCACAGUUGUGGACACAGACUCAACCAUUCUAAUUGAAGAAGUCCCCAUCAUUACACCAAAUGGAGAUGUUAUUGUUCCAAGUCUCUCGUUGAAGAUAGAGCCCGGUACACACAUCCUCAUUACAGGCCCUAAUGGCUGUGGCAAAUCUUCUCUCUUUCGUAUCCUAAAUGGUCUUUGGCCUGUCUACAAGGGCAAGCUUCACAAACCUCGCCCCAGUCACCUGUUCUACAUUCCUCAGAGGCCUUACAUGUCAAUAGGCUCCCUCCGUGACCAGGUAAUCUACCCAGAUACUGCUGAAGAUAUGAAAGCAAAGAACUUUUGUGACAAAGAUCUACAGAACAUUUUAGCCACUGUUCACCUGCAGCACAUUAUAGACAGAGAAGGAGAUCCGGGGAAUGGCUGGAAUGCUGUUAGGGAUUGGAAGGACGUCUUGUCUGGUGGCGAGAAACAACGCAUGGGCAUGGCACGACUGUUCUAUCAUAGGCCACAGUUUGCACUAUUGGAUGAGUGUACGAGUGCUGUAUCUAUAGAUGCUGAAAGCAGCAUUUAUCAGGCUGCUAAAGAUGCUGGUGUGACAUUGUUGACCAUCACACAUCGGCCAUCUCUGUGGAAGUUCCAUUCCCACCUGCUACAGUUUGAUGGUGAAGGAGGUUGGCGUAUGGAACAACUUGACACAACAAAAAGGCUGACAUUGGAAGAGGAAAAACACAAGUUGGAGACACAGUUGGCUGGAGUUCCAGAGAUGAGUCAAAGGCUGAGAGAACUCUGUUCUAUAUUGGGAGAAGAUUCAGUCCUACUCAGCAAGGAUGGGUUUAUUGCAGACUCCCUAGAAACCAAAAAAUGUCAAGAAAUAUAAUGGGUAGGCAUAGAUUUAUGGCUAUGAUGGAUUGUGUCAGGAUUCUGUCCUACGUAGCAAAGAUGAGAUUUGUUACAGAACCCCAUAAAUUGAAAAGUGAUGAGAAAAAUAUAGGGUAAAUAUAGAUUUAUGGCAAUGAUGGUUUGUGGUACAAUUUAGCUGUACUGAACAAAGAUGAAUUUGUUACUGACUCCCCAGAAACUGAAAACUGUUAAGAAAUCAAAUGGAUAGUUAUAGAUGAUGGUUUGUGGGAGGAUUCAGUCUCACUCGGCAUAGGUGUGUUUUGAUGCACAUCCCAGGAAUUCAAAAGUAUUAUGAAAUCAGUGGGUACACAUGAAUUUAUGGCUGUGACGGUUUGUGGGAGGAUUCAGUCCCACUCAGCAAAGAUGUGUUUUGUUACACAAACUGAAAAGUAUUACAAAAUCAAUGGGUAGACAUGGAUUUAGGGCUAAGAUGGCUUUUAACAUGUCUACAAGUAUUCAGGGAAUGCAGAACACUUUUCUUUUUUUAAAAACGCUAAUGUAAGUUUAACAUCUUGUAUUAUAAAUCUUAAAAUCAUCACAUCUUUGAAGUUCAGCCAACUUUAUAAACUUUGUAUUAUGUGAUAUGUAUGUUGUAAUAUAUGUUUUUUUUUCUGUACAAAAUGUGUAGAUAUGACAAGUAAAGAAAGUGACAUUUUUAAGCACUUUUUGAAAGGAGUGUUGAUUGUGUUAAUACUUUGCAUGUUUGUAAGUAUGGUAAAAUUCAACACUCCUACAAUGGCUUCUUUUGGCUGUCAAAAUUUCAGUAGCACCAUAAAAGUUGCAUAUACUUUAAUACCAACAAUGGAUUCUGAUGAAUUCAUAUUCUUCUACUUUGGCUUAGGAACAAGGAACAUUGUACUUUUACUAUACACAUGUAUUAGUACUGUUUCUUAGUGAGCUACAGGUUUACAACAAAUGUAUUUAUUGGAAACAUCACUUGUGCCACUAUUUUCUGUUUUGCCCUAAUUCUUCUCAAAUUUGGGACAGAUAUUAGUAGUGUUGAAAGUAAUAGCAUUUCUUCACCAGCCUUUUGGAAAAGUAAAGAUAUGAGUAUGUUGUUCAUUACAUGGUCUAACCAUGCAUAUAUAUUAGCUAAAAUGAACAUGCCAGGUGUUCCCAGAAUUGCAAGAAAUGGGGUAUUUGAGGUUUGUGGUGCAAGCAGUAACAUGGUACAUAUAUGUGUGGCAUGUGAUAAGUCUGUUACAGUCCUAUGUAGCACUGACACAUUGAGAUAAGCUGAUAAUUAGAACGCCAGUGACCCAGAUAAAAUAAUGUCACUUUUCACUUGUAGUCUAGCCGUAUGCAAGUGGUAGGAAACCUGAUAGCCUUAUUAAACAACCACUGAUAUCCCACUUUGACCUGAUCUUUGGUCUAAACUGAUUAUUCUAUAUUCCAUGAUAUUAUUACUCAUCAUUGUUUCUCAUAGUGCCAUGACCAAUAUAUACAUCUGGUCACAGUGUACAUAGUAACCUACCAGAAAGCAUUUGCACUUAAUAUAAUAUAAAUUGCAGUUUCUCUAGCAUUUUACAUUUGUAAACAUGUUGGCCUACAUAUUUCAUAUUCAUAUUUCUAUUCAGGGGUUGCUCACUAUAUCUGAAAUUUAACAACCAGUUCUCAGAAAGUUGGAAAUUUUUGCUAUUGCCAGUAUUAGGGCUGAAGCUUUGUAAAUCCUCAAAAUGAUAGAUUUUAUGUGAUUUUCAAAUGUUUGCAUAAUGUUUGAUAACUGGAAAUAUUAUUUUGAGGGUUUGUCUAAUCUAGAAAAUACAUUGAACAUCAUGUAAAUAAUAGCCUUUGUAAUAUUAUGGUAAGUUUUAAAAGUAGAAAUACCCAAACUGUCUGACAAACUGAGAAAGAGAAUGGCUAUGAUCACAAGAUUGAUGUGUAAAUAGAUCUGUUCAAAAUAACUUGACAACAUGUAUGAUUCAAUAUUUGCUUUGACAACCGUCGUACAUACAUUACUACAUAAAUUUUUGUAUAUGAAAGGUUAUACUUGCACAACAAUGUACUUAAUCAUUUUGAAAUUUCCCUUUGACAUCGAAUUAACAAAUCGUAUGAAUGUGAACAGAUUGUUAAAAGUAUUCUUCGAGCAAAUGGUUAGGGGACCAAUUAAUUUUUUUCUUCGUAGACAUCUUAUUGACAUAACGUUGAUCUCCUGUCAUCAUGUUUGUAAUUAUUCACUAAUUCUAGUCUAUCACAGUGAUAUAAUACUGAAAAACUGGAAUAUGUCCUUGUAGUUAUUGUGCGUCUUGACGUGCAAGACAUUCUUCAAUUUAUGGUAAUCUCAUUACAUUUAUGCCACAAGAAAGUCACUUUCAUGUGGUUGUAAGUAAGCCACUGUAAUAUACGAUAAAAGCACAACAUUUUGUGCAAGAAACUGAAAUAUGAACUGUUUGUGUCCAUUUACGUCUACACAACAGACAAUAUUGCAAGAAAAAAAAUAGAAAGAAGGACAUUUUAUACUUAUGACUGUACAUGUAAUUAUGACAUAUAAUACUUUAUAUGUACAAUAUGUAUAAUACUUGUCUUAUGUUGGAUGAAACAGUCAACACAUGUUUCUGAGGUAGAAGUGCGCAAAAGAAAUACAGUUAAUGUAAUGCUCUGUAUGAGGUUUCUGGUCACAAUUUAAAAUGUUAAGAAGUGUUACAUGUACAUAAGCUUAAGUAUAUUUGUUUACAGAUUUUUCUCAUUUAUUGCUUCAAAACAUAUGGUGAUGUUAAUAAAUUUGCCCCUAAGUUAGAUAUUUUGUUCCUCUUUGUGUGAUGUCCCAAUUUCUGUGAUUGUUUAAUUCUGUACUACUGAUACUUGCUGACAGUGAUUGGUGCCGAAGACAGUUCAGUAGAAACUGCCUGCCUCUAUAACAAUUUUCAGAACUGUAGUUUUACUUGGUAUGCAAAUACAGAAAUGACUGUGAUCUUUACAUUACAUGGUGUUCCUUGGUGACAAUUCUACUGAAAUAAGAAUGAAGUGUGGAAUGAGUGACUUACCACUGAUAAAAAAAGAUAAGCAACGUGCUAUGUGUGUUAAUUUCUCAUGGGUACAGAAAAACCAAUGUACAUGUAGCUGAUAUACGAAUUUGCUACACCUUUUUAUAUUGACUGCCAUGUAAGAAGACAAAAUGUAGUUAAUAAAAUGCCGUACACCCAAGAUGGCCACCACAUAAACACUUGUGAUACAAUUUGUUUGAAAGGUUUUUUUAAUUAAAUCCAAUGUUUCCCAAUACUUACAAUAGAUACAACCAAUAAUUGCUGUAGAUUGGAUCAGGUAGAUAAGAGCGGAGUUGUAUUGGUUUGUGUGUGGUAAUGACAAAUUUAGGUCAUGGAUUUGUCCUUUUCAGAAGGUUUUGUGCUAAUCAGUUGUCAUAGGUAUAUGUACGUUUUCAGUGAUGUAAAUUAAUAAAGUUCUCCACACAGUAUUGUUUUGUAACAUUUCUCAAUGCAAAAAAUGCCCUAUAAAAACUCUUAAAUUUGCUGUGAUCUAAAUCAUGUUUAUGGAACAGGAAGGCUAUAUGUAAUAUGUUCAAUUGUACACUGGUUAACAAAAAGAAUGCUUUUGUGUCAGUGUUUGUUUUACUUCCAAACUGGUAUGGAUGUGACUAGCUCUCCGUUUUGGAUAUUUUCUUACAACUGUUGGGUAAGUAUUUAACCUCUACAGAAUGCCAUGUUUUUUUGUAUAGAAUGCAUGAAGAAGAAAAAAAUAGAACUAAUCCGAUCAAUUAUAUCACCUGUGGUGUCUGAAAGGCACUGUAGUGACAUCAAUUUACCUCAUUCUACCCUUGAAUUGUUCAACAGUUUGGUCAUGUAUUAGACUUGCAGGUAAUUUGUGGAAUUUUUUAUGAUGAUACAGACAUAGAUUUGUUUUUUGUAUCUGAUGGCAAGGAUGCAGACUCUGUUGUAGAAUUAUUUGUUGUGUACAUAUAACCUGCAUGUACACAUGUAUGUGAUUUGACUGCUUUCAAUGACUUCAAAAAUGCACCUGCACAUGUAUGCCCUGUUGUAUAUGCAAUUAUUAAAGUUCAUGCGUCAUUUAAAGUGUCUCCAAUAAAGCGACUUCUUU